UCUACAUUUGACAAAAUUUGGAACAUUGCACCAGUUAAGUUUGCUAUUGUGACUAAAAAUGGUGCGAAAUUUGAAGACUUAGACAUAGAAGGUUUGUUAACAGUCAAAGAAAAUUUUGACAGAAAGUUCUCAAAACUCGAAGAAGGUAAAGCAUACAAACUUGUUAUACCUUAUGAACCAAAGAAAGCAGACGACUAUGAAUAUUAUGAGUCUAAGAUAGUUGAAGUUCAAGGUAAAUUGGGUAAAAAGAUUUUAGAGUCUAAGCCAGUGUUUACUCCUAAAGAGGAAGAGAACAUUGACAUUGACCCAGAAAUGUUCUAA